AGCAAGCCAGUGGCAGCCCACACACAGACCCCAACUUGAGGCUGUCCAUUUCACCCACGGCUUUGUCACCCUCAACUCAACCACAACCAUGGCUCAGACGCUGGCUCUUAGCCUCCUUAUCCUGGUCCUGGCUCUCUGCAUCCCCUGGACCCAAGGCAGUGACGGCGGAGGUCAGGAUUGUUGCCUCAGUUACAGCCAGAGGAAGAUUCCCUUCAAGAUUGUCCGAGGCUACAGGAAGCAAGAACCGAGCUUAGGCUGCGCCCUCCCAGCCAUCCUGUUCUUGCCCCGGAAGCGCUCUCAGCCUGAACUGUGUGCCAACCCUGAAGAAGUCUGGGUGCAGAAGCUGAUGAGGCAGCUGGACCAGUUUUCAGCCUCAGAGAAGCAAAGCCUGGGUUGCAGGAAGAACAGAGGAGCCUCUAAGCCUGGAAAGAAAGGAAGGGGCUCCAAAAACUGCAAAAGGACUGGACCGACACAGACUCCAAGAGCUCCAUAGCCUGGUGAUCACCCUGGACCCCAGGAGAUUCUCCAUGAACUUCGUCAUGGCUUCAUGCCCCCACCUCGUGGACAAAAAAGGGGCUAGAAAACAGAAAGGACUGAGGAGCCCCUGAGCAGCCUCCUCAUGCUGGCCUUGCCACACUCUUGUCCUGCUUCAACCAGCCCAUCUGCAUGGUCAUCCCUUUCUUGUACGGCUGAGCUGCCUUCCCUGGCCAGACCCAGAGAGUCAGAAGAAAGUCAGUCUCCCAGGGAAUGAAGAAGGAGACAGCAGGACUGUCCCCUGUAGGAGGUCACUCAGGUCCCAAGACCUGACCUGCUCUCCCCGGCACCCUACCUUUUUCCUUGCAAAUAUGAUUUAUACCUAAUUGAAUAAAACGCUGCUCAAGCCUCAGCUGGAA